AUGGAGGGCCAAAACGAGAACGACGAGCUCUACCCCAUCGCCGUGCUCAUCGAUGAGUUGAAGCACGACGAUGUCCUUCUCAGACUCAAUGCCAUUCACCGUCUAUCCACGAUCGCGCUCGCACUUGGGCCCGACCGAACUCGGGAUGAGCUCAUCCCAUUCCUUGAUGAUUCCGUCGAGGAUGAGGACGAGGUUUUGACCGCACUGAGUGAAGAGUUGGGCAAUUUUACAGAAUAUGUUGGGGGUGCGGAAUACGGGCACGUGUUGCUCUCCCCGCUGGAGAAUUUGGCGGCCAUCGAGGAGCCGUUGGUGCGAGAGAAGGCCGUUGAAUCUUUGAACAAGGUGUGCGAGCAGCUCUCAGAGAGCCAAGUCGAGGAGCAUUUCGUCCCGCUGGUCCUCCGCUUGUCAAAGGCAGACUGGUUCACCUCGAAGGUCUCUGCGACCGGUCUAUACUCCACACCAUACAAGAAGUCUUCUCCAGCGCUGCAACAGACCCUCCGGCAACAUUUUGGAGCCUUGGUACACGAUGAAACCCCGAUGGUGCGGCGACAGGCGGCGAACAAUCUGGCCAAGCUCGUGAAGGAGAUGCAAACCCAGGUUGUCAUCGAUGAAAUAAUUCCUCUUUUCCAAUAUUUGGCGAGCGACGAUCAGGACAGCGUCCGUUUGCUCACAGUUGACAUUCUCAUUUCCAUUGCGGAGGAAAUUCCCAAAGAACAGCAACCCAGCCACGGUGUCUUGUUGACGUCGCUGCGGAGUCUGUUUGAAGAUCAGAGCUGGAGGGUCCGAUACAUGGUCGCCGAUCGAUAUGAAAAGAUCGCCAAAGCUGUCCAUGAAGAGGUCAUCACUCGUGACAUGGUGCCCGCCUUUGUCAAGCUUCUCAAGGAUACAGAGGCCGAGGUUCGCACUGCAAUUGCUGGCCAGAUCCCUGGUUUCUGCAAUUUGAUCGAUCGUGACACCCUGCUCAAUGAAAUCAUGACCAGCGUGGAAGACCUCGUCUCUGAUCCCUCUCAGCACGUCCGGGCAUCGCUCGGUACUCAGAUCAGCGGGCUUGCGCCUAUCCUAGGCAAGGAAGAGACUAUUGCGCACCUGCUUCCCAUGUUCCUCCAAAUGCUGAAGGACGAAUUCCCUGACGUCCGACUGCACAUCAUCUCGAAGCUCGAGCAAGUCAACAAAGUCAUCGGCAUACAACUUCUUUCCCAGUCUCUUCUCCCCGCCAUCGUUCAGCUGGCCGAGGAUAAGCAAUGGCGUGUUCGUCUUGCGAUCAUUGAAUAUAUCCCGCUCCUUGCUAGUCAGCUUGGCGUCGAGUUCUUCGAUGAGCAGCUGAGCGAUCUCUGCAUGGGCUGGCUCGGAGACACUGUUUUCUCCAUUCGUGAGGCUGCCACUGAAAACUUGAAGAAGCUAACAGAGGUGUUCGGCGUUGAAUGGUCAAAAGCCUCAAUCAUCCCCAAGGUGAUGGCCAUGGGCCAACACCCCAACUAUCUUUACCGCAUGACAACAUGCUUCGCCGUUUCUACUCUCACUCCCGUCGUCAACCUUGAAAUUAUCGAGAGCUCCCUUCUUCCUAUUUUGGAACGUUUGGUAACGGAUGAAAUUCCUAACAUUCGUUUCAACGUGGCCAAGUCAUUUGCCGUUUUGAUCGCUACCCUGCGUCGUCUACCGGCUGAUAAGACCCUGCUUGAGGUCGAGACGUCUGAAGAACCCAUCACGCCGUCACCCCAGGCUCUGGAGUUGAUUCAGUCAAGGGUUGUGCCCAGUCUGCAAAAGCUGCAGGAGGAUGACGAUGUGGAUGUUCGAUACUUCGCUACGACUGCUGGCGGCAACCAGGAUGAGAUGCAGACUUCUCCUUAG